AAAUUGAAUUAUCACAAACUCAAGCUUCUACAAAAUUGAAAAAAAUUAGAAAAAUCAAUGGGGAUUCAAGUUGAAACCAGAAGAUCAGCAGGAGGUGGAAAUUGGAGUAUGAACACCAAACUAUGCGAUUCAUGUAAAUCAGCAACAGCUUUGUUGUUUUGCAGAGCAGAUUCAGCUUUUCUAUGUAUGACUUGCGAUUCAAACAUUCAUUCAGCUAACAAAUUAGCAUCAAGGCACGAAAGAGUAUGGAUGUGUGAGGUUUGCGAAUCAGCUCCAGCUUCUGUUACUUGUAAAGCUGAUGCAGCUUCGCUCUGUGUGACUUGUGAUGCAGAUAUUCAUUCAGCUAAUCCGUUAGCACGUCGACACGAGCGUGUUCCGGUUGUUCCGUUUUUCGAAUCGGCUAUUUCAGCGGCAGCUUCCGCGGGUAAUAAUAAAAUUAGUUCCGAUUUGAAUUUCUUGCUUGUUCCUGAUCAUUUUGUUAAGGGACAGCCGAAUGAAGUUGUUGAGGAAGAUGAAGAUGAUGUUGUUGAUGUCAAGACUACUGUUCAUCAUAAGGGUGGUGAUGAUGAUGCUUCUUGGUUGUUCCAGAACCCUCCGUCGUCUAAGUUAGGUGUUGUGGUGGAAGCUGUACCAGAUCUGAUGUUGAAAUCUGGAAUUGGAGUUGGAGGAGUUGAUUAUUUGUUCUCUGAUGUUGAUUCGUAUCUUGAUCUUGAUUAUCCUGAUAUUGGUGGGGAGAAACAGUUUCAGAAUCAACAUCAACAUCAUAAUCAGAAUGGUUCUGCUGGUUCUGAUUCUGUUGUUCCUGUUGCAACUAAUCCAAUUCAGAAUCAUCCUGCUGCUUCCUUUAAUUAUUCAGAGAAUCACUGCUACGAAUUCGAUUUCUCUAAACCUAAACCUGCUUACAGCUUCAACACUCAAUCUGUUAGUCACAGUGUAUCGUCAUCUGAAGUCGGAGUUGUGCCGGAUUCUUCAAACUGCAACUCAAUGACAGACAUAUCAAACCCAUUUUCGAGGAACAACGGUAUGAUUAUCGACCAUCAUCAUGGUGUUAUGUCUACUAGUAAUGGAAUGAUUGAUACAAAUACUGUUAGUAAUGGAGUUGAAAAUGCAGUAGUUGUAACUCAAUUAACUGGUUUAGAUCGAGAAGCUAGAGUUUUAAGAUACAGAGAGAAACGAAAGAACCGUAAAUUUGAGAAAACAAUCCGAUAUGCAUCGAGAAAAGCGUAUGCCGAAACAAGACCAAGAAUUAAAGGUAGGUUUGCGAAACGAACUGAAACUGAGAUCGAAGCUGAUAAUCAAAUGGAAAGAAUGUAUCAUUCUAAUAAUCCUUCUUCGGGGGGUUUUGUGAUUGAUUCUGGUUAUGGUAUUGUUCCUUCAUUUUAAUUUUAAAGCAUGUAAUAAUAAUUACUACUUCUAAUUAAUUAAGUACGUUAAUCCUUAAUUGCUGCUUAUCUUAUCUUUCUUGUUGCUGGUUAAAGUUCAAGUAUUGGAGCUGAACUGAUUAAUGCUCUGGUUUAUAUAUUAUGCGGUUUGUAUUAUUAAAUGGUUCAUGUUUUCAUCUCUA